AUGCGGGCCAUCUUUACAGGUGUUGGCAACAACAACGAUGGCAUCCUGGUCCUAGGUGCCACCAACAUUCCUUGGGUGCUGGACGCUGCCAUCCGUAGAAGGUUUGAGAAGAGGAUCUACAUCCCUCUCCCAGAGGAGCCAGCACGCUCACACAUGUUUCGCCUGCACCUGGGGAACACGCCUCACAGCUUGAGUGACGCAGAUCUGAGGCAGCUUGCACACAAGACGCAUGGCUACUCUGGAGCAGACAUCAGCAUCAUCGUCCGGGACGCCCUCAUGCAGCCAGUCCGCAAAGUGCAGUCGGCCACGCACUUCAAAAAGAUCUCACUGGGUGUGCAGCAGCUCUGGAUUCUGUGCUUGCAUAUUCUGGGGGGGGGGGGGGGGGGGGGGGGGGGGGGGGGGGGGGGGGGGGGGGGGGGGGGGGUUUGUAGAGGGGGGGGGGUUAAGGGGGGUAGGGGGGUGAUUGAGGGAAUAGGAAUGUGGGGGUCUAUAAGGUUUGGUGGGGGAAGAGGGGGGAACCGAGGAGGGUCGGUGGACAUGGGAGGAAACGUACCACAAAGUAUGGAUGGACUGAACCGGAUUGUGAGGCGACACGAGCCUGUCCGAGACCCGGCUGAGUCGGCGGACAAUGAGAACGGACUGGUAAGCGUGGGUUACACAGUUGACGAGCCCAGACUCGACACGAGCAACGUCGCUGACCUUUUGCCCCUUGACAGCCCGAAGUCAAGCUGA